AGGUGUGUUACUUCCCAGGCAUCCUUGGAAUCUUGUUCCUCCUUUUUUUAAUUAGAAGCAUUAGACACGACCUCGUUUCACCAUUACUCGCGAAUUUCAGAAAACACGUGCUUGUGGUUCUUUACCAUUACUUUUGAAACAGUUCAUCUUUGGAAGUUUCCAGAACAAAAGCCACCACCAUUGGGGGUUUACCGUGUACACUGUCAAAGUGUACUGGCACUUUUGCGACAACACACACACACACUCUAACCAAAUACUGUAGCCUGCUGGUAGAGAAGAAGAAGAAGCGCGACCUUCAUCCUCCAACCUUCCCUCUCUAAAAAUGUCUACCGCAGUAGUGAGCGCCGACGAAGACAUCCUAGACCCUACCCUCCAGAACCUGAUCGAUCAAAAGUCGUUGAGAUGGAUCUUUGUGGGUGGGAAAGGUGGUGUCGGCAAGACCACCACUUCCUGUUCACUUGCGAUACAAAUGGCCAAAGCGAGGAAAUCCGUCCUGCUGAUAUCGACGGAUCCCGCGCACAAUCUCAGUGACGCGUUCAGUCAAAAGUUUGGAAAGGACGCCAGACUGGUUGAGGGUUUCACGAAUCUGAGUGCCAUGGAGAUCGAUCCGAAUGGCAGUAUCAACGAUUUGAUCGCCGGCGCGGGAGAUGAAGGUCAAGAUGCAAUGGCAGGUUUGGGUGGGAUGGGGAAUAUGAUGCAGGAUUUGGCAUUCAGCAUACCUGGUGUCGAUGAAGCCAUGUCGUUCGCAGAAGUCUUGAAACAAGUCAAAAGUCUUUCGUAUGAAGUCAUCAUCUUCGACACCGCCCCGACCGGUCACACACUUCGAUUCUUACAAUUUCCCACCGUGCUCGAAAAGGCACUGGCCAAGAUUUCUCAACUCUCGACCCAGUUCGGACCCAUGCUGCAAUCGGUCCUCGGGGCCCGUGGCGGUCUACCCGGUGGGGGUUCACUCGACGAGUUGACUUCGAAACUCGAGACCUUGCGAGAGACCAUUUCCGAAGUCAAUGCUCAAUUCAAAAACCCAGACAUGACGACCUUUGUCUGUGUCUGCAUCGCCGAGUUUUUGUCCUUGUACGAGACCGAACGGAUGAUUCAAGAAUUGGCCAGUUACCAGAUCGACACGCAUUGUAUCGUGGUCAAUCAAUUACUCUUCCCGGAAAAGUCGAAUGAGUGCAAGCAAUGCAACGCGAGGAGGAAAAUGCAGAAAAAGUACCUGGAUCAGAUCGAAGAGUUGUACGACGAGUUCAACGUGGUCAAGAUGCCCUUACUCACGGAUGAAGUCCGUGGUGUUGAGAGUUUGAAAAGUUUCUCGGAAAUGCUCAUUCAUCCAUACCAACCACCAGUAUAAACACAAACACGCAUUAUGCAUUGCCUCCAGCGUCGUAUGCAUUGCCGUGGUCAAGAGUGUUGACAAUGUGAGACAUGAUCAUGAUAGAAAGUUCAUCUCAUAAGUGUGUGUGGACACGACAUCGGGUUUUGGGAGGACUGAUGAGAAAGAUAAAUGAAUACGAGAGAUGAAGAAAUGCAAAUGCCUUUGGUGCUCCCAUUCUCAAUCUGUCUCUUUUUUUGUUCCUUAUUCUACCAUGCAUACAAUCGAUAUCUGUCCUAUCCCGGUAUGCCAAUAAAGCGUCUAGGACAGCAAAAGAUAGCUGUGUGACAGUAGAGAAAAACCAGCUUG